AUGUCUGCGUCCCCAUUCACAGCCUCUCCCACAUUCUCGAUCCCCAGUGCCCGCCUGCACAUCUCCUACUUCCUCCCGGACUCCCCCUCGCACAGCGCCUUCCUCGUCAAGCUAUGGAACACCGACGAAUUCAUCAAGUCCUCCGGUCGCACCGGCAUCGACACACCGGAAAAGGCCUCCAAUUUCCUCCGCAACCGCGUCCACGCCGACUAUGCCCGAAACAAGUACGGCAUCUUCCUAGUCUCGCUCAAGCCGCACGAGGACGCAUCUCUGGCCGAAAGCACCCCCAUUGGCACAGUCUCCCUGAUGAAGGGCGAGCCGCCCAAUUCGUAUCUGGCGCCCGAUAUUGGCUAUGCGAUUCUGCCCGAGGAAACCGGGAAGGGAUAUGCGACUGAGGCGGCGGUUACGUUGCUCGAGUAUGCGCGGAAAGAACUCGGGAUCGAUUCGGCGUUCGGGUUCUGUGCUAGUGAUGAUGCCCACAGCGCGAGGGUGCUGGAGAAGAUUGGGUUCGAAUCGAGGGGAGAAAGGAAGUUGAGGGUUUUUGGGGGGAAGGAGAGUGCUGUUUUUGUGCUGCCUGGUAUGAGCCGGGACUUGACGGUUUAUGGCUUGGAUGAUUGA